GGCGCGGCCGCGGCGCUCAGUCGGCGGGGAGCUCCGCCCGCAGAGCAGCGCUGCCGUGCACCGCCCGCACCCACCGGGCCGCGCCGAGCGGCACAAUGACGGACGGGGUGACGGACGGGGUAACGGACGGGCCUGCCACCACCACCACCACCACUGUCAGCCCGGCCAGCAAGCAGAUCUACUACUCCGACAAGUACUUUGACGAGCAGUACGAGUACCGGCAUGUGACGCUGCCAAGAGAACUCUUAAAACAAGUGCCAAAAACUCAUCUAAUGUCUGAAGAGGAGUGGAGAAGUCUUGGUGUUCAGCAGAGUCUCGGAUGGGUUCAUUAUAUGAUCCACGAGCCUGAGCCGCACAUUCUUCUCUUUAGAAGACCUCUCUCAAAGGAUGAGCAGAAGUGAACCACUGUCUAGAACUUGUCUCCUAAAUCUUCUGGAACUUUAUGUAUAGGAGUGUAUACAUGCUGGUAGUAUUCAGUGAAUACUUUAAGAUGUACAAACAUAUAUCCGUACCUGUGCAUGAGCUGUAUUAUUCACAGCAACAAAGCUCAGUCAAAUGCAAUUCCAAGGAGGCUGCUAUCUGUUCAAAGAAUAAUGAAACUAUCUGUUUUCUUUACUGUUACUGUGUCUGUCUUACUUUGCACUGAAUUUCUUAUUAAAGUUCACCUACUUUAAAAACCUCGUGUUCUGACUAGAUGACCACUUGUUACCUGUGUUCUGUAACUUCUGCACUCUGCUUUGCUGCUGCGUUGCAUGCUCAAAUCCAGUGGUGCAAAUGUUCAGUAGCAGACAAAAAAAUAAAACUAUUCUUACAUGAUCUAUGAAA